UCUGUCGUCACGUGGAGGCAGUCACAUGACUUUCUGGUCACGGAUGUGAGUUCUGUGUUGUUGUCAUGUAGACACGUCAGGAUUCACAAGUCUUACUAAAGGAAAUAAACAGCUUAAUCAGGAAAUUGUCGCUUAUUGCAGUCGUAUCUGCGCCGUUGUCGCCGGCUUUUGUUAUUUCAAUGGAUUUUAUUCGACAGUUCGGAGUUGUGCUUGUGAUUGCGGUGCUCUCCGGCGCGCGCGCAGACAAGCUUCAGAUCGACCCGCUGAUAUACGAGGAGCAGCUGCUAUGGGUCAGCGGUGGAGCCGGUCUGGUCAACACUUACAGGAUCCCUCUGCUAACCUUCACGACGCGUGGAAGUCUGCUGGCCUUCUCUGAGGCCAGGAAAACGUCUUCCUUUGACAUCGGCGCAAAGUUCAUCGCGCUGAGACGCUCCACAGACAGAGGAGCCACCUGGUCUCCCACUUCAUUCAUAGUGGAUGAUGGUUCUCUAGCAGAUGGGUUGAAUCUAGGUUCGGUUGUUGUGGAUGAGGAGACUGGUGCUGUGAUACUCAUCUACUCGUUGUGUUUCCACCAUCAUCAGUGCGACCCCUCCAGCACCAUGAUGGUGCAGAGUCUGGAUGACGGGUUCACCUGGAGCCCCCCACGAAACCUCUCCGUUGAGCUGGGGGUGAAGAGCUUUGCUCCAGGGCCUGGCUUCGGCAUACAGAAACAGUAUGCUCCCAAUGUGGGCCGUCUGGUGGUGUGUGGCCACGGAUCCAUUGCUGGUGAUGGGGUCUUCUGCAUCCUGAGUGAUGAUCAUGGUACAUCCUGGAGAUAUGGAGCUGCCCUGAAGAGCAUCCCUUACAACCAGCCUAAACAAGACCUGGACUUCAACCCAGAUGAGUGUCAGCCAGUGGAACUCGAGGACGGGAGUAUAGUCAUCAAUGUGCGCAACCAGAACAACUACCACUGCCGCUGUCGAAUUAUAGUGCGGAGUCUGGACGGAGGCGAGACUCUUCCUGUGGAGGAGCUGGUGUUUGACAAAACACUGAUCGACCCCGCCGUCGCAGCCGGAGCCCUGCAGAAACAAGGAGUGAUGUACUUCACCAACCCCUCCAGCACUCAGCAAAGGGUCAAUCUAACUCUUCGCUGGUCCCUCUCUGAUGGGAACUCAUGGGAAAAGGAGGCCGUCCAGAUCUGGGCGGGGCCAAGCGGUUAUUCAUCUAUGACAUCGCUCAAGGGAGAUUCUCCAGAGGACAGCAAAUACAUUUAUGUCAUUUACGAAAAGGGCCAUAAAGAUUACUGUGAGACAAUAUCUUUUGUCAAAAUCCAUCUAUACGGAGGGAAAUAACAUACAGCUGGAGGAGCCAAGAAAAAGGGAUAUUUAGGAAUUUUAAAAUAAACUUUUUUUUCUUCUUUUUUUGAGAAAGCCAAGGUAUCAUCCUGAUGCAAAAUCUUUGAAACAUUAAAUCUGGUCUACAGUAUGAACUGUUUUAUAUGAAUUUCACUCCAGAAAGAAUCAAGACAUCCUGCUUCAGUGUGAGAUUGAUCUAUACAGCAAUGUAUUACAAAUACAACCAUGAUUGUACCCACUGUUUUUUACCUGUGCACAAAACUUUUUGUAUGUCUUGAAGUUCUCAUAAUAACUUUGUGCAGCUGGUGAGCUGCACGCUGGUCGCACAUGUGUUUUUGGGACUAUUUGACGGUUUUUAAAACACUCAGGCACUGUUUGUCUUGCUGAACAGUGAUUGAUUUGUAAGUCUUGAAUGAAUGUUUUGAAUACAGAAAUGUGAUUUCAUUUGAAUUAUCUUGAGGUGUUUCUCCGAUCCCUGGUGUUGCUAGAAUUAAUGAAGGCAUCUAAAAUGACUAACAUAAACUGGAAGACACAAGGGUUUGAGACACAUAGACACACUAAGCAAUCAGUGUUUGUUCGUCAGAAAACCCCAUUUUAUAUUGAACUAUGUCAUGUGCUUCAGGUUAUAUGGUUUUAUUCACGCAGUCUGGCCUUUUUGUGGCCAUAGAUGUUGUACAUUUAGAUGUCGGACAAUUAUUUUAGUAACAUCUUACUGUAAGUGAAUUUUAAAUAAGUUUGCUAAAAGUCACCCAAAAGGCUUUCACUUCAUUAAAUUUCAUACUAACAUAUUUGACCUUUCACUUUUUUUUCUGGAUUCAACUCAUCAACACAGGGACAUGUUUUAUUGUUCAAUAAAUUUUUCUGUUUUGAUAAAGCAA